AUGGGAAGUGUGGGCAUCUCUGCAGAUGAGGUCGUUGACAACCUGAUCCGCAAACAUAUUGAGGAAUUGAGCAACGACCCAUAUGUUUCCCAAAGUGAUCAUCCCUUCUUCGUGGCCGAUGGCAGCAGGAUUGUCGAACAACACCUGCGGUGGAAGAGCUCCUUGCCAGAUAUCCAGCCAUUCUAUGCGGUGAAAUGCAACUCAGAUGUGAACUUCCUCCGGUACCUCGACCGGCUAGGAGUCAACUUUGAUUGCGCCUCCCAGGGCGAAAUUGAACUUAUCCUUAGCCUGGGCGUUGACCCUUCUCGCAUCAUCUUUGCCCAUCCAUGCAAGUCAAUUUCCGCGCUACACUUUGCCGCUAAGCAAGGUAUUCGCUGGGCUACCUUUGAUAAUAUCGAUGAACUGGAGAAGGUCAAACAACAUAGUCCGCAGAUAGGGCUCCUGCUUCGUAUAUUUGCUGAAGAUGACGGGGCAAAAGUCUGUCUGGGCGACAAGUUUGGUGCCCCUUGGAACACUACGGUAGCCUUGCUAGAGAGGGCAAGGGAAUUACACCUGCAGAUAGUAGGUGUCAGCUUUCACAUCGGGUCUGGAGCGUCUGACCCCGAGGCAUUUACCACAGCUAUACAGCAGGCAAGGCACGUGUUCGACCAAGGUGAACGUCUAGGGUUCAACAUGACCGUUCUAGACGUGGGCGGUGGAUUCCAACACACAAACUUCGAGUUCAUGGCUUCGAGCCUACGCCCAGCCCUCGCACGAGAGUUCGGCGAUCGACCAGUGCGGGUAAUUGCAGAGCCAGGCCGAUUCUUUGCAACACCAUGUUACACCUUAGUUUGCAAGGUUAUUGCGCGUCGCACGCAUAUUGGAGCAGCUCCUUCCAACCCCGCGGACAUGCUGUAUCAAAAUGACGGACUGUACGGUUGUUUCAGCUGCGGCUGGAGUGAGGGUGAAGAGUACAUGCCAGUACUGGUUAAACAAAAUGAAGGAAGAGAUGAUCAUCGAGAAAGUGGGGAGCACAGGUACUCCCUCUGGGGCCCUACUUGCGACAGCAUCGAUCAAAUCGCGAAAGAAGUUGUCAUGGAUGGUGAGGUUAAGGUUGGUGAUUGGUUGGUAUACAAGGAUAUGGGAGCCUAUACAAUGUCGGCAUCAUCCCAGUUUAAUGGGUUUCCGAAUAGCUACACUGUAAUUUACCAAGAUUUCUAA